AUGUGGAAUGCAACAGGUCCCGACUCGAAUCGAAAUGCUCCUCCGGGGAUUGUCCCGGAUUACAGUCAUCCUGAGGAUGUAUUCUGGACGCUCAAUAUUGUGCUAGCAGUUAUCUGCGCCUUUUUCACUGCAGUUUUCUUCUUUAUACGGGUUUAUGUCAAGCGAACGAUACAUCGUCAUAUUGGGGUAGAGGAUUCAGCAUUUAUUUGUGUUAUCACGUAUAUUACAACAGUGUUGAUGAUGGCUCGAUAUGGCGCAGGUUAUCAUGCUUGGGAGAUACGUAAACCAGAAUACUACAACUGGUUGAAGUGGUUCUAUGCCAGUACAAUCGUGUAUAUCCCUGCCGCCUUCUUCACCAAAGCGACUAUUCUCCUCCUCAUGGCGCGUGUCUUUGCUGUCGAACCGCGGGUCGCAAAAGGAAUACGAAUAUUCAUUUGGGCUCUAUUGAUCGCAUACAUCCCGAUCCAAAUACUACGGAUCGUCACUUGCGAUCCUAUUCGAACGUAUUGGGAUCCGAAAGUCCGCAAUGCACACUGCCUCAACCAACGAAAGAUCUUCUUUUCCGAUUUAUCGUUGUCAAUCGUUACCGACCUCAUCAUUCUUCUCGUGCCAAUACCAUUGACAUGGCGGCUUACUUUGUCUAUUGGCAAGAGGAUCAAGAUUGUGUUGCUUCUUGGGGCUGGAGGAAUUGCCACAGCCUUAACGCUUUAUCGGAUUUCUAAAGCGGUUGAGUUUUUGAACUCGGAUGACAUUACGGUGGAUUAUACACCAAUUGCGAUUUUAACGAACCUUGAACUUACUAUCGGCUUUGUUUGCGCCUGUCUACCUUCGUUCAAUCUGUUGAUCGAACAUCACAUCCGUAAACGACGACGAGAACGAGGCCCAUCUGAAGUCCGAGAUCGAUCACGAGCGUCCAUGAUCAAGAGACACUUUCGAUGGAUCAGUUCUUCCACCCGCCCAUCUGCACAACCGACUCGUCCCACGAAUCGAGCCUCGAAUGGAAUGAUCGACUUGAAUCGAGAUUCAGACGGAAUGAUUGACUUGGAUGUUGAAAUGGCCAUGUUGACGGGCCAACCUGUACGAUUACGAUCAGAGAGAUUGAGUAGUACGGAUUCUGUUGGACUUCGACCGCUUGAUCAUCGACUCAAUUCAGGAGAUGGACGACGAGAGGGGUGGUUAUCCCAGGAUCAGGAUGACCAAGAUGAAUUGCAGGAUAGCAAGUUCAUAAUGAAAAUGGUACAGGAUUCGAGAGCUAGGGCAGAAGAGGGUGCUAAAGAGUCUUGGUGUCCUGUCUGGGACGGACCUAGAGAUCCUUUAGCGAGUCACGGAAGUUGGAAGUAUAGCAUACGGACGCAUUAG